AUGAAAGAAAACUGUGCACCAUCCUUUACAAAAAGUACUACCUCCUUAAUCCAAGAGGAGUUUUCUCAGGUCCAUGGCGUGAAGGAAGAUAUAAAAGACUUGGAAAGUAAGCUCACUAGUAUCCAAGGUGUGGUUGAAGAUGCAGAGAACAAGCAAGUGAAUGAUCCACAUCUGAAAGAUUGGCUCAAAAAGCUCCAGGAGGCAGCUUUUGAUGCAGAAGAUGCAUUGGAUACUAUUACAACAGAAGCCUUUCUUUGGAAACAAAGGCAGAAGGAAGAUAUAAUCCAGCCUCAUCUGAGUAAAUCCAAAAUAUCCUAUAAACAUGAUGCAAUACAUUGUGUCAAAAAGAUUACAGAAACAUUCAAUAGGAUUGCCAAAGAAAUGGAAGGUUUUCAUCUUGACAUCAAAGUUAAUGGCCGUGAGAUUGAGAGCCCAAACUACACAGGCUAUUUUGUGGACAAGUCAAAUGUAGUUGACAGGGAGGAUGAUAAAGAAAGGAUAACACAUAUGCUACUAUUGAAUGAAUUCGAUAAAGAAGGAGAAAUUUCUGUGAUUCCCAUCAUCGUCAUUGACGACAAGGAGAUAUUCAACAUGCAUGAUCUUAUCCAUGAAUUGGCACUAUCAAUUUCAAGCCCCAAUUGUUGUCUGAUAAAUGAUAACAGGUCAUACAGUUUCUCUGAACAAUCUCAUCAUGUGAGCUUGCUUGGUAAAGAUGUCGAGCAGCCUAUGUUGACGAUUGUUGAGAAUGCUAGGAAGCUGCGGUCACUUCUAUUUCCUAGUCACUACCUGAAAAACUUUGGUCAAGCCCUUGACAGAGCAUUUCAUACAAUGAGAUACUUCCGGACCUUGGAUCUUAGUUCAAGUAUGAUCUUGGAAUUGCCCAGCUCAAUUGAUGAGUUGAAGUUGUUACGCUACCUUGACCUCUCUAGAACAGAAAUCAAAUUUCUGCCCAACUCAAUUUGUAAUCUCUAUAAUUUGGAAACACUGAAACUCUUGGGGUGCCCUUGGCUUUUCAAAUUGCCCAAGGACCUUGGGAACUUGGUUAAUUUGCGACAUAUGGAGCUCGAGGAUUUAUUCUGGUUCAAGUUCUCCGUCCUGCCUCCAAAAGUGGGGAACUUAACCCGUCUGCAGAAUUGGCAUGCAUUUCGGGUUGGCAACAAGAUUGGAUACAGAAUUGAAGAACUGAAGAACAUGGCAUAUCUCUCAGGAACAUUACAUAUCUCACAGCUAGAAAAUGUGGUUAAUGUAGUGGAGGCUAAGAUGAAUGAGAAGAAGUACCUUAGGAAGUUGGUGUUUGAAUGGAGUGACAGGGUUGUCAAUACACAUGAUGAUGCAACUGAAAAAAUUGUACUUGAAGGCCUACAACCUCACUCAAACCUCAAAGAGCUCCAAAUUUGUCAAUACAGGGGCAAUGAAUUUCCAGCUUGGAUGAGAGAAGGGCAGCUCCAAAAUUUGGUUAGUAUUACCUUGAAUGAUUGCACAAAUUGCAAAACUCUCACUCUUGGUGAGAUACCCAAUCUUCGAGUUCUCUGCGUCAAAGGUAUGCAGGAGUUGGAGAAAUGGCCAGAGGAUUGGAGUGAAGUAGUGACGGCUUGGGAGCCUAUGUGUGGGUCCUGGUUUAAUUUGUUGGAACUGAAUGUAACAAGCUGCCCCAAGUUACAGACACUGCCAAUAGACUUCGCUCCACAAAAGUUGGAGAUCAGUGGGUGUGAGUUAUUAGUUGCUCUCCCACAACCACAUUUUGCUGAACGUCUUCAGCAUUUAGCACUGGAUGCAUGUCUUGAUGGAACAUUAGUGAGGGCAAUAGCAAAUACUAGCUCUCUAUACUCACUGGUUAUAUCCGGCGUCUCAAACCUCACCUCACUUCCACAAUGGCCCCAGCUUCCUGGCCUCAAGGCAUUGUACAUUCGUGAUUGCAAAGAUCUGAUGUCUUUGUCCGAAAGCAAAGAAGCGUCACUGUCAACUUUGUUAUCUCUCACACUACUUUCCAUUCGAAACUGUCCAAUGCUUGUGAAAUUAACAGAGGAGCUACCUGCUACGCUGGAGUGUUUAAGUAUUGGCUCAUGCCCCUUUCUACAGUCUCUAGGCCCCAAGGAGAUACUGAAAAGCCUCCCUUCGCUCAAAGACCUUUACAUUGAGGACUGCCCUAUGCUCCAGUCCUUGCCUGAAGAUGGGCUUCCUAGCUCUCUUCAACAUUUGCAAAUACAAAGAUGUCCACUAUUGACAGAGCGUUGUCAAAUGGAGGAAGGAGGUGGAGGAGGUCCAGAUAGGCCAAAGGUUAUGCACAUUCCUGACCUGGAGAUUGAUUUCCCUACAGCUUCUUCAACAUCAGCUUAG